UUUAAUCGAUUGAUAGGCUUCGGCUUUUUUCAUGUCGGAGUAAACAUCCGCGCCAGAGCCGGUAACGAAGAUACACUUCCAUGAGUUAGGUUCUCGCAAGCCGAUUGCCCACCCUCAUCGUGCGCUCAUUCGAAAGUGUUUAAUGCCGACAGACCCUUGUUCUUUCCGCUCUGAUAUUUACUGGACACACGAGGAUAAAUAGGUUUCUCCUCCUCAAACAUGUCCACCCCAGAAUUUUAUGCUCUUGUCCACGGUUGACGCUCGCUUCUUCUCAGUCUUACAGCUAUCAUCAUGAAGACACUUCACACAGUCAUCUGCAGCAUCUUGGCGGUACUAGUCAGCCAAGGCAGGGCCAUUUCCGACAUUCUCACCCUCCCUACCACCGGCGAUGCGUACAUUGAGGAGGCCCGCGCCACGCUUGUUCUGCCUAAAGUCCCUGACUCCGUGAAGGGUGAUAUCGCCAUAAGGAGUGGUAUCAUGAUGAACGACAAGGAGACCUUUAUCCAAGGGGUCGUCUCUAACUCUCCCACCGGAUCCUAUUGCAACGAUGGAGGGAAAAAGUGGUGCAGCUUUGCCUACACUAUCACCGGCUCAACGCCAACCUUCGGGACUCCUAAGUCUUGCUCCCCUGGAGCUGCAGUGAAAACAGAAUACAAGCUCAACUCAAAAACCCAGAUUUGGGAGCAAAACGUCUACGUUGACGGGAAAUCCAGUUCUUCCGUCACGAACAGUAGGGGCCAAGUCGGAAAUGUCUUUUACCUUUCAAUCUUGUGCGCUGACGGCAACGCCUGCGCCGAACACCCGGCACACAGUUGGAAGGAUGUCUCCGUGGUACUUAACAAGGCCGACAAGGAUUUUGGGAGUAGUAAAGUAUUGAAUUUCGGUGCUACUGGAGGGGACAUGAAAACCUCCGACGGCGGAAAGACGUGGAAGUUUGAGACUAUCAAAGUGCCCGCUCAGAAAGCCAAUUGAGACGUUGAGAGCUUGGCUACCCUUCCGUCUUUUGCAGCAAGACUUGCCUGUAGACUGUUUUGGGAAAGAAAUUGGUAACACUUCUCUGCUUCUUAGUAAAUUUGAUUCCUAGGGUAGCUUGUUGCAAGCUUAGCAGCCUUCUUUAACUAGUUACGACCUGGACUUCUGAGCCUAUGGAGGUGCAGACCUAUCAACG